AUGGACUCGACCUUGUGUGAUUAUAAUGAGGGUGAAAUACCUAUAUGGCAAGAGCCGCGAUGCGAGCCGCUGGGUGCCCCAAAAGAAAACCUCUGUGAUGAAGAGUCCCCGGAACAGAUCCCUGGUGAUAGAAUACACGCAUUGGAAGAAGAGCAAGAAAUACUAUCAUCCUCCGUCUUUUCUUUAACUUCUCAUCUUGCUCAAGUUGAAUUUAGAUUACGACAAAUCUUAAAGGCUCCCCCGGAAGAGAAAGAUGCUAUGUUACAAGCAUUGGAAGAAUUUACUUCUCGUGGGGUUGAUUCUCGAGCUGCUCCUCAAGGUAGUGCAGGGGAACCAGCGUGUAACGAGUGUGUGGAAUUGGAACGGAAAAUAAGGAAUCAAAGAGUAAAACAAGCGCACUUUAUCGAAAGGCUAAAAAAUCAAUUAAAAGAAUUGGAAAGAUACACUUCUGGGACCUCAAAUUCGAUUGAUGAUACUAAACAAAGAUCAUUAAUAGAACAUUUGAGAAAUGAAAUUGACCAUAGCUUGGAGGAAGGAUGCCAUCACCCGCUCACAACAGAAGAAUUGAGACAUCAGAUAGACUGUGCCGUUCGUCAAUAUACAGACAGACAGCUUUCCAAAGAAGAAAUUAUUACUAAACUACAAACACAUAUUGACGAUAUGCAGAAAUUUAUAAAGUUGAUGAAAAAUGGUGAUUUAAACAGCAAUACGAAAUCGAGAACAGCAGAGCCUAAAAAAGUUGGUAAAUCAGAAACAUUUGAGAAGAAUUUCAACCGCAACAGUGUAAAUAAUGAACUAAAAACAGAAACAAUAAAUCUUAUGAGAAAAGCUUCCACUUUAAUACAAAUAUUCACGGUGUCACAGUUUGGUUGUUCACCGAGUAGCAGUAAGAGAUAUGAUAGAUCAUCAACAAUUGUCACACACUGGGGUAAUUUAAGAGCAAAAUUAGAAAUGUCUAUAGAUGCAGUACUUCAUAUAGUCUCAAGAGAGAGGGCUUCACACACUUAUAUUGAUAAUUAUGACAGUGAAUCCGAGGAAGGCGGCCUAGUGAUCAAUGAUGUACCUCUCACAACGGCUGUAAGAAGACAUCUUGCUAUUAACCUUAGAGAUUUACUGCAACAUGGUUUAGUACACCCCGAAUCUAAAUCCCUAGUACCUAUAAUUGGUUGUUUCCCUGUCCGUAGAUCCUCAACAUCAAGAUGUGUACAUAUAUGGGAAUUAAUUUUACGCUAUUAUGAUUUAAACGAUGGUGAUAAAUUUAAUUCGACACCGGCAAGGAAACUCAGCCAAAGUUUCAACCUAGAUAUUGUUGGAAGCACAUCCAUUACUAAUAAGCAGAGUCUUUUAAGUGCGAUCGGUAGUAUUUUAGCAUCACAUACCCCAUAUAAAAGAAGCUAUGAUGCUCAUUUCAAAGCCUUUGUAUGUGCAGCUCUUAAUGUACACAAACUUGUUAUAUGGUUGAAUAUUAUGUUGAAAUGCAGAUUGUUAAUAGAUUCAUACUACCUGUCCACUAGUUAUGUUGUCAAUACAGGUUUUCAAGACACAUUGCAAAGUCUAGAUCGUCUUACACCCUAUAAUUUUGAUUUGCCAGUUGAUCUUGCCGUCAAACAGUUUCAGAAUAUCAAAGAUGUGUUUAUGUAA